UUUAAGAACGUCAGGUGUUGCUGGUGGUUGUGUAUGUCCCGCUAACCAAAAGUGCCACGAACUUUCGCACAUCUCGUCCCACCAGUCAGAGAACUAAACACAAACUUUGCCCAUGCCGUCCGUGAGAUGGCUUUGACGGAGAUGCUACUAGGGACUCUCAUAUGGUUUAGUUUAUCAACAGUGAUACACGCUCAAUACAGACCGAACUGGCCUAGUCCUUACGUACAAAGAGAAAUCUUCGUCCUCAAUUUGGAGGAUGGAUUCUUCGGUUGCCAAGUUAACGAAUCGGUCGACAUUUUGCAAUUGUUCGAACUCUCGAAGAUCUGCGAUGGAGUCCCACAGUGCUUCCUCGGCUCAGACGAGGUAGCCAACGAACUCAAAUGCACAGAUCGAAAUUUUUGUCAUCCGAAAAUGCCUCGUUGUAUUAAUGGAGUUUGUCUGGACAAUCUCUGUUACUGUAACGAUGGCUUUGGAGGAAAAGGCUGUGAAAUGCCAGAUGAAAACGAAUGUAAAUACCGACCUUGCGAUGUGUUUUCACACUGUACGAAUACGAUGGGAAGCUUUUAUUGUUCUUGUUUUCCUGGAUAUGAAGGAGAUGGAUUCGAAUGCCAUGAUAUCAACGAAUGUGAAAUUCCAUCAUUGGCUGCAAUUUGUGUUGAAAAUGCCGAGUGUUGCAAUUUACCCGGACAUUAUGUGUGCAAGUGUGGACCUGGAUAUACAGGAAACGCUACAGUCUCAUGCACAGAUAUCGAUGAAUGUUUGGAUCCCCAUGCUUGUGGUCAAGGAGCUCACUGCGAAAACAUACCUGGAAGUUAUAAAUGUUAUUGCCCGCUAGGAUAUGACGGUGAUCCUUUUAGAGAAUGUUACGAUUUGGAUGAAUGUCGACGAAACCCUUGUGGAUCUGGAGCUCAGUGCACAAACACAAAAGGGGGAUUUACUUGCAGUUGCCCUAGAGGAUAUCAAGGUAAUCCUACACCUGAAGCUGGAUGUGUUGACGUGGAUGAAUGCUGGGGUCCUAAACCACCAUGUGGGAAAGGUGCGCAGUGUGUCAAUACCGUUGGAGGAUAUUAUUGCCAAUGUCCUGAAGGUUAUACAGGCAACCCAACAGCAGGUUGUGUUGAUAUUAAUGAAUGCCCUCAUGCAUGCAGUGUCAAUGCAGAAUGUACCAACACGCCCGGAAGUUAUACAUGCCGAUGUAAAGUGGGUCAUACUGGGGAUCCGUAUCUAUCAGCUGGAUGCCAUGAUGAAGAUGAAUGUCUGCGACCAGGUGCUUGCGGCAGAAAUGCUCAAUGUUUCAAUAAUAUUGGUUCUUAUACAUGUAGCUGCCUUGAAGGAUAUACUGGAAAUCCAAUUCAAGGAUGUUCAGAUAUUGAUGAAUGCUUACAAAACCCAUGUGCAGACAAUGCCAUAUGUAGAAAUCUUCCAGGCAACUUUGAAUGUAAAUGUUUUGAAGGCUAUGAUGGAAAUGCAAGAGAAGGAUGCUCAAGAGUUAAAGUUGAUGUCCAUUGUCAAGGAAAUUAUGACUGCACAGAUAAUGCCCAAUGUCUUCGUAAUAGAUGCCAAUGUAAAUCUGGCUUUCAAGUCUCAGGAAGUGAAUGUGUUGAUAUUGAUGAAUGCCGAACACCAAAUAUUUGUGGCCGUAAUGCUGUUUGUAAGAAUAUCAUUGGCAACUAUAAAUGUGAAUGUAGGCAAGGAUAUGAAAAAAUAUCAUCUGCCUCAGAAAGUCACUGUAGAGAUAUAAAUGAAUGUCUGUUUGGACGAUUCCCUUGUGGUACCAAUGCUAAAUGUAUUAACAGUGAUGGAAGUUAUCAGUGCGUGUGUCCAGAUAAUUUAAUAGGGGAUGCAAAGGUAGCUUGUAGAUCACCUUGUUCUGAUGUUGAUUGCGGUGAGCAUGCUACAUGCCAAGUGAGCGGAAAAGAAGCUGCCUGUAUUUGUAACUUAGGAUACACUUUUGAUCCUCAGAAUAUUGCUUCUGGUUGUCAAGAUAUUAAUGAAUGUGAUAAUGCUCAUGGGCCAUCUGGUUUAUGCGGACAAGGAGCUAUUUGUGGAAAUGUACCAGGCAGUUAUCAUUGUUAUUGUCCUCCUGGUUUUACAGGAGAUCCAUUUAGAUACUGUGAAGACAUUAAUGAAUGUGACCGGCGUUUUGGACCGAGUGGUCAAUGUGGAGAGGGAGCAACUUGUGCAAACACUUUGGGCAGCUUCACUUGCACUUGCCCAGCUGGAUUUUCAGGCAAUGGAAGAGUUAAAUGCCAAGACAUCAAUGAGUGCUCUCAGGCAUUUGGGCCAAAUGGAAAAUGUGGAAUAUCAGCUAUUUGUACCAACAGGCCUGGUAGUUUUGAAUGUAGAUGUCCACCAGGAACAUCAGGAGAUCCAUCUGUGCGAUGUACUGCUGUUGUGCAGUGCAGAGACGAUGCCUCGUGUAGAGGAAAUUCUGUUUGCAGUCGAAGUCAAUGUCAUUGCCCGGACCCAUACUUUGGAGAAGAUUGUAGACAUCCAUGUGAUGAUAUUUUCUGUGGAGACCAUGCUACCUGCCAACUAGAUUUGCAUAAAGAACCUGUAUGUGUUUGCUCACCUGGGUACACAGGUCGCAGCAACAGCUUACCGGGAUGUAUAGAUAUUGAUGAGUGCGGAAGUGGAGCUCGUGUUUGUGGAUCAAAUGCUGUUUGUAGAAACAGCCCUGGCUCAUAUGAAUGUGUGUGUCCUCAUGGUUUCAGUGGAGAUCCUUACAGAGGCUGUAUUGAGAUUGGUGGCAAAACAAAUCUUGCCUGCUCUGAAACAAGACCAUGUGCACCAAAAGAGGAAUGUGUUGGUAGUAAAAAUCCUCAAUGUGUCUGUAGACGAGGUUAUACAAGAGAUCCAAGUACAGCUAAAUGCCGAGAUAUUAAUGAAUGUGCUGAAGUACGGGAUAAAUCUCCAUGUGGUCAGCAAGCUUUCUGUUUGAACAUGGAAGGCAGCUACAUAUGUCGUUGUCCUCCAGGUCAUAUUGGGAAUCCAUACAGUGCCUGUUAUCCAGAAUUGUUAGUAUGUAAACGAGACAAUGAAUGUCCUGGCAACACUAUUUGUUUGGAUGAUGGAAGCCAGGGAAGCCAUUGUGGAUGUAAAGCUCCAUUUGUGCAAGAUGGAGAAUAUUGUAUAAUGGUUAGCCGAAACUGUUCCACUACUAGUCCAUGUCCGGAGAAUCAAGAAUGCGUGUACACAGGAAAUGGAUAUGGAUUCUGUAUUUGUCCUAGAGGAUACACAAUGGAUGCUACUGGUUUUUGCAGAGAUAUUGAUGAAUGCACUGAGAUUAAAGAUUGGUCUUUAUGUGGUGCCUACGCGGAGUGUGUGAAUUUGCCUGGAGCUUAUCAAUGCCUCUGCUUAUCAGGUUAUACAGGAAACCCAAGGCAGGCCUGUAGUAGAAUCGCUAUUGAAUGUAGAGGUGCUAAUAGCUGCCCACAAAAUAUGGAGUGUGUAAAAGGACAAUGCCAAUGCUUAGCACCAUACAUACUUGAAGGACAACAAUGCAAACAUCCAUGCGAGUGGUAUUCAUGUGGACAAUAUGCAACAUGUGAACUUUCACCAAAAGGACCAAAAUGUGCUUGCAUACCGGGUUGUACUGGAGAUCCAAACAAUGCUUGUCAAGAUAUUAAUGAAUGCACUGCAGAUUUACCUAUGGAUCCAAAUGGCCCUUGUUCAGUAGGUGCAACUUGUAUUAACAUCAUUGGAGGUUACCAAUGUGAAUGUCCUCCUGGAACUUCAGGAGAUGCUUAUAAAGGAGGAUGUCGUGGGGCAACUGGAUGUUCAUCUGAUAGACAGUGUCCUCGAAAUGCUGUUUGUGAUGCAAGAGGUGGAGCAUGUGUCGAUCCUUGUGCUACUGCAUGGUGUGGUCCAAAUGCAGAUUGCUACGGAGAUGAACACAAGGCUGUAUGCAGGUGCAGACCUGGGUAUUCAGGAAAUCCAAACGAUCUGGAAAAAGGAUGUCUAUCUCCAUGCGCUGGAGUUUGGUGUGGCAUGAACGCACAUUGCAUAGUAAAUUCGAACAACCAAGGAGUUUGCCACUGCCUGCAGGGAUUUUCAGGAAAUCCCUGGGCUGGAGGGGGAUGUCAAGCAGAAUCACGAGGCUGCUCAGCCUCAAGACCUUGUGGAUCUUCUCAAAUGUGUAGUAAUGGUGCUUGUGUUGAACGUUGUCAAGGUGUUAAUUGUGGUGUUGGAUCUAGAUGUGAUGAAAAUACAGGAAAUUGUGUUUGUUUGCCAUACUUCAUCGGAAAUCCAUCUUUUCUAUGUGUUCCACCUAUAUUACCACCUCUUUGUGUACCUGGCUGUGGAGUUAAUGCUCAUUGUACAUAUGGUGUUCCAAAUCAAUGUGGAUGCAAUCCAGGUUUUACUGGAAACCCAUAUUCUGCUUGUGGAACAAGCCAGAGGUGUGGAGAAACUCGUUGUGGUACAAAUGCAAACUGCAUUGAAGGCCCUAAUAGAGUGGAUUGUGUAUGUCCAGCUGGUUUGCAAGGAAAUCCAUUCAUUGGUUGCCAAGAUGUUAAUGAGUGUUUGGGAAGUAACCCAUGUGGAAGUGGCGCUAGCUGUAUCAACAGUGUUGGUAGUUUCCUGUGUGCCUGCCCAUCAGGCUCAACUGGAAAUCCAUUAUUUUCAUGCACACCAGCCAAUACUCCUUGUGAACCAGGCCAGGGUUGUGCUUGUUCAUCUGAUUCUGGAUGUGGAGGUGGAGAAAUUUGUGGAGCAGGAGGCUCUUGUCAAGGNAUAUACAUAAACUGUCACUAUUACUACUAA